AUGGCGACGAUUGAAGCAUGGUACAUGGCCAAUGCGGUGGUCGAUCAGACGGCCGAGAACCGGACGGAGCCGAAUCAUCCGGUGACGAUCUCCGACCUACGUGAUCUUGGCGUCAUCCACUGGCAUAUUCCUCCAGUUGGCGACUACCCGGCCAAGGCAGUUCCUUGGGAACCGAAGGAUGGCAUUCAGGACAAGCAACUGGCAGCCAUCCGAGAGUCUCGUGGGUACAACUAUGCCGACAUCAUCACUUGCUCAGAGGAGUGCCUCCCGGACUACCACAACAAGCUGAAAGCAUUCUUCGAAGAGCACAUCCAUUCGGAUGAGGAAGUCAGAUACAUCCUCAAGGGCAGUGGCUACUUUGAUGUGCGGGAUCUGAAGGAUCGUUGGAUUCGGAUCAGACUAAGCGCGGGUGAUCUCAUUGUGCUACCAGAGGGUAUCUACCACAGGUUCACGAUGGACACGAAGAACUUCACACAUGCCAUGCGCCUAUUUAAGGGCGUGCCUGUGUGGACGCCCAUCAACCGUCCAGCAGAUACUCACCUUUCGAGAGAAAGAUACUUGCAGCGGUUUCAACCUCUGGAAGAGGAACUUUCAUUGAGGUCUACCAUCGUGUCUUGCUUGCGUGGUUUCUUCGCACAGGGCUGGUGCCUGGGCUCUUCAGGAGCCAUGGCAUGCCGAGUGACGUCGAAGGCGUCGGGCGUGGUGAACGCCCCGGUGCUGGUGACACCCUCCGGUGUGCCCAAAGAGCAGUUGCAGGAGGAGGACCUCUUCCUGCUGGCUGCCGGCUCGGGCGAGCUGCUCAAGCUGCCGACGAAGUCGGCACCGAAGGCCGCGAGGCUGACGGUGUCCCGGGCCGCGAAGGUCUCAGACAGCGCGGCGGUGUUCCAAGCGGUCUUCGAGCGGAGGAGUGACGUGACAGCUAUUUGCCACAUUCACUCAGUGCCUGCCAUCGUCGCAGCGGAGAACAAGGAGGUGCUGCGAAUCCGCGACUCCGAAAUGAUCAAAGGCUUGGGCGUGUCCGGAGACGGAGUGCUGGUGGUGCCCAUCAUCGACAACAAGGCCACUGAACCGGACCUGGUGCCCGACCUGAUUCGAGCACUGCAGAGGUACCCCUCUUGUCCAGCGGUGCUGGUGCGCGAUCAUGGAGCUUAUGUCUUUGGCAGCUCUGCAGAGAAGGCCAAGAUCGCCACGGAGUGUUUGGGCUUUCUCUUGGACCUUGAGAUCCGGAGGAGCCGGGAGGAAGUUGUGGAGGCGCCACGGAAGCGGCUUCGACGAGGCCCUGCGGUGGUGCUUCUGGACGUGGAGGGCACCACGACGCCGAUCUCUUUUGUGAAGGAGAAGCUCUUCCCGUAUGCGGCCACUGCAGUUGACUCCUGGAUCCAAACUGCAAACCUAGCAGAUGUGGCCAAAGAGUUUGAGAAGCAGUGCAAGGAGGACCAGGUGCCUUUCAUUUGGUCAAAGGAAGAGGUUCUGCGGCUGACCAAGGAGUGGAUUGCCAAAGACCGGAAGGUUCCAGCCUUGAAAGAUUUGCAGGGCAAGCUGUGGAAAGCCGGCUACGAGAAAGGGGAGCUCAAGGGCGAGAUGUUCGAGGACACCCCCGAGGCCAUGGCUGCCUGGGUGGCCGCCGGGAAGCGCGUGGCCAUCUUCUCCAGCGGCAGUCGCGAGGCCCAACGACUCAUCUAUCAGUACUCAGACAAGGGAGACUUGACAAGCUACCUGUCGGCGUACUUCGAUCCCAAGUCAGCACAGGCCUCAAAGCAAGAGGCCAAGGCCUAUGAGGAGAUCGCUUUAUCCAUGGGCAUCAAUCCUAGCGAAGGCCUCUUCUGCACUGACGUGCUGGGCGAAGCCCAAGCUGCCCGAAAGGCGGGCUGGCAAGCAGUAUUGCUGAAGCGACCUGGCAAUGCCCCGCUGCCUGAGAGCCACGGUUUCCGUGAAGCCACAAGCUUGUUAGAUGUGUGA